AUGUCCCGCCAGCAGCCCUGGCUACGUCACGUGCUCGCACAGGGUCCUCGGCACCGCCUCCGCCUGUUGAUCGACAGCUCCGCCAGCCACUCACAACAUCUCCCGCCCACUGAGCGGCGGCGGCCAACCCGCUCCCUGCGCGCCCUCCCCUUUAAUGAGCUGCCAACCCGCUCCCUGCGCGCCCUCCCCUUUAAUGAGCUGCUGGAGUCGGCGGGUCCUAGCGCCGGGCCGGCGAGUAGCGACAGAAUGAGGUGGUGCUGCUGGCUGGCGGCGCUGCCCUUCCUGCUGACCGAGGCCACCCUCUCCAAGACAGACGUGAAGAAAGCGGGGGUUCGCAGUACCGGGGGGGAGGCAAAAUCUUCAAAACAUUUAGUUCAAGAACGUGGCCUCAUUGUCACUGAUCCAAAGGCCAAGGAUAUUGUGAGGGAGCAGAAGAUCUACUGUGCUACAAAAGUGAGCGAGCGUCACUUCAAGAAUGAAGUUCUGGGAUACAUCACACCCUGGAAUGGCCAUGGUUAUGAAAUUACAAAGAUUUUUGGUGCAAAAUUCACCUUAGUUUCUCCAGUUUGGCUUCAGAUACAGAGGAAGGGAGCUCGGCUGUACCAUGUGAAAGGCCACCACGACAUAAAACAAGGGUGGAUGAAGAAGGUGAGGGAGCAGUGCAAAACAGUCAAGAUUGUUCCACGAGUGCUGUUUGAUGGCUGGACCUACCAUGACUAUGAAAAGGUUUUCAGCAGCGAAGAUGAGAUAGAGGAUUUAGCGGAUGCAUUGGUGCAGACGGCAGAGGGUGACGGGUUUGAUGGCUUUGUCUUGGAGGUGUGGAGCCAGCUUGGUGGUCAGAAGAGGAAGGAACUCAUUCACAUGAUCCAACACUUGGCAGAAGCCCUGCACAAAGCCGAACUGAAAGUUGUGAUGGUGAUCCCGCCAGCAAUUACUCCGGGGACCAACCAGGCUGGAAUGUUUGAGAAGGAGGACUUUGACGAGUUGGUUCAAGUCGUGGAUGGAUUCAGUCUCAUGACAUAUGACUACUCGAAUGCAGUUCGACCCGGCCCCAAUUCUCCCAUCCCUUGGAUACAAGCCUGUGUUCAGGCCUUGGACCCUGAUGCAAACUGGAGGAAUAAGAUUCUGCUGGGGCUGAACUUCUAUGGGAUGGAUUACGGUACAUUUGGUGGAACUGCAGAGCCAAUAUUAGGACAGAGAUACAUAGAGAUUCUGAAAGAGCAUCAGACAAAACUGCUUUGGAUUGACCAGAUUGGUGAGCACUACUUUGAAUAUAAAAGGUUGCAGGGUGGGAAACAUGUUGUGUUUUACCCAACAUUAAAGUCCAUACACUUACGGUUAGAACUGGCUAAAGAGUUGGGCACUGGGAUCUCUAUCUGGGAACUGGGCCAGGGCCUGGACUAUUUCUAUGAUCUACUGUGAAAUUAUCAUUCGCACAAAGACUUGCCUUUGCAGCCUGUGUCUGGGCAGCCCAGAACGUGGCCAUGAUGGGUCUCAGAGCCUGAUCCAGUGCACAAUCACAAGCUGAAGUCAAUAUUUGAAGCCCUCAGAGCUAAAUGUCUGGUUCACAAAACUUGGUUUGAAAUAAAAAUUUUGAGAGUA